CGAGCCGCCGUGUGUUUGUGUUUGGUUCCGACAAAAAUGGCGGACGAGCUGGACAGAGUACGAAUUUCAGAAGCUGAGCUACGAGCAGAAGUGUCGAAAUUCAGCACAAACAGCGAAAAUGUAAAAGAGUUCAAUGAAGAAGGUAAAAAACAUCGACAACGAGAGUGUAAACGCCCAGACCUCCAGUUAUACAAACCUGGUUCUGGUCAGUCACAAAGACCUAAGGAUGGCGUUCAAGAAGAUGCGCACAGUGCUUGUUUAGACACACGUGGAGGUUGCAGUUCUGAUAUCGACAUCAAAAGGCCUGACAGCUCACUUACCAGUACUGAGCGUUCCGUCAUCCCCAGCGCAGAACCCGGAAACAUGUCAAGUGAAAGUCAGCUUGAAACAAUUAGUACUAAAGUAUGUGUAAGUAGUAAAAAUCACCAGCUUGUAGAAGGGAAUGCUACCAAAAGCACAGACAUGUCUCGGUCACCCAAGCAAGCACGGAAGAUGCGCAAACCUGACCGUGAGAUAUAUCAGCCAGGGGGUCGAAGAUCUCAAAGUAUCAAAGAAACUGGGACAGGCAAAGAACUAGAAGUGGUUACCAAAGAAGAGAGGAGGAGAGGGGAAGCUGUGGGUAAAAAAUCUGUAGAAAAGGAUGAUAAGAACGUACCUGUGGAGAAAGAGGAUAGGCGAAGAAACAGACGAGGCAAAGAUGGAAAGAAGCAGGAUCAAGAAAAACAGCACAAAGAAAGUUUUGACUCCCCGCCUGCUAACAAAAACGAGGCCGAUGUUGAGAACAUCGCCGGGAAAGUCAGUAAUCUUAGCAUCGGCGGCCAGGCAAAAGUCGAGGCAAGUAAAGAGGACGGUGGACGGGACGGUGCGAACAGGAGGGGAAAAUCAAGUGGAGAGGGACGAAGAGGGCAGGCAGGUGAUGGGGGAGUGGCAGAAGACCUAAAAAAGGAGAGAGGAAAUGGAAAGUCCAAAGCAGGGAAAGAGAAAGUUAAAAGCAACCAGGGUUUUGCUAAGAAAGAUGAAGAGGAGAGAAGAAGCUCAGAGACAGCUCAACCUGACCAGGAGAACUCUAAAAAAGCAGAAGGAAAACCGCAGAAGAAUGUGGGAGGAAAGGAGGGCAACCGUGACCAGAACGUGAAUCACGAUAAACGAAGAUACAACAGACCAAAAGAUAAUCGAGGAGAGAGAGGGAAAAGUCUAUCUGAAGGUACCGACUCCAACCGAGUUAACUCUUCAAAGCGCUAUUCUCAAUCAGAUAUCCGACGUCCACGGAAUCGCACCUACAGCACGAGUUCAGCCAGCAGCGGGACCAGUACGGAUGGACUUGUUGAAGCUGAGAGACUGCGGAGGGAAAGCGAACAGCCAACUACACGAACAAUGGAGUUCGUCCGAGGAAAUCAGGCCCGCCCGAGGAGAAGGACCGCUCGGACUUUGUCCUCCACAGACACGCUGGAGGAAAAUGAGGUCAGGGAGAGAGAAGAUAGAAGAGAGAAUAGAGGUCAAAGAACAGGUCGAGGAGGAAUCCUGAGGGUUUCUUUAGACAAGCCUCCAAGCACAUCUUCAAGCGAACAGCAAGCAAGCAGGAAAAACCCAAACCCUAGAGGUCGUGGGAGGGGCAUCCUGGUACUUCCUGCCCACACCAAUCUAACAAUGACUCCUGAGCCUGGCCCUCAGCUAAGUGGCAUGAGAGGUGGAAUGAGUCUUGGUAGAGGAAGAGGUGGACGUGGUGGAGGGACAAGACGACUCUGGGACCCUAAUAACCCAGAUAAGAAACCAGCUUUGGUGUCAAGCCAGCAAUCCCAGCAUGCAUCUCUUCAGCAGGCUUUGUACUUACAGCAGGGUGGAUGUGGGCCAUUGCAUUUCCUGGACACCGAUGAUGAAACAGCAGGAAGUCCUCCGGUCCACCAGGGGGAGUACUUUCAAAAUCAGCAGGCUGCUGCAAUGGCGUACUACAAAUUUCAGAAUUCUGACAACCCCUACUGCUACCCGUUAUCUCCAAACACCCCACCGCGCUAUCCGUACCCGUAUCACAUGCCCUAUCAAAUACCUGCCGCUAAUGGGAUGUAUCCAGUAUCUGCCAUGGCACCUUUUUAUGGGCCCUAUGGGCAAGGUUAUUCUCCUACAGGGGGGUCUUCGCUCACUCCAGAGGAGGCAGAGGUGCAGACCAGAGGAGAGAUUGGAAAGUUGCUGCGGUUGGCUGACAGUCAGGAGCUACAACUCAGUAACCUGCUGUCCCGGGACAGGCUGAGUCCAGAGGGGCUGGAGCGGAUGGCCCAGUUUAGGGCUGAGCUCCUUACGCUAUACGAGCGGGUGAUUUUAACAGACAUAGAGUUCGCCGACUCUCAGAACCUGGACCAGGCGCUGUGGAAAAAUGUGUUCUACCAGGUGAUAGAGAGGUUCAGGCAGUUACUAAAGGACCUGGCAUCAGACAGUGCCCCGCAGAUUAAAACCAUGCUAAUGAAUAUAUUGGAAGAGGGGGCGUUAUUCUUUGAUUCACUACUGCAGAAGUUGCAGACAGCGUUUCAUUUCAAGCUGGAAGAUUAUAUGGACUGCAUGGCUAUACGAGCGAGACCCUUACGCAAGACGGUUAAAUAUGCUCUGAUAAGUGCCCAGCGCUGUAUGAUCUGUCAGGGUGAUAUUGCGAGAUAUCGCGAACAGGCCAGUGAGUCCGCUAACUAUGGGAAGGCACGCAGUUGGUAUCUGAAGGCUCAGCAGAUUGCCCCGAAAAAUGGUCGACCUUAUAACCAGCUGGCCCUACUGGCAGUGUACACGAAGCGAAAGCUGGAUGCUGUGUACUAUUACAUGCGCAGUCUAGCUGCAAGUAACCCCAUCCUCACAGCCAAGGAAAGUCUCAUGAGUCUGUUUGAGGAAGCUAAACGCAAGGCUGACCAGGUUGAACGUAGACAGAAGCAGGAUUCAGAUGUUGGUACCCGUGGUCCCCGAGGUCAUACAGGUGGUCGUCGAGGGGAGGAUGCUGCCCGUGUAGAGAUCUGGAUACGUCCGAGUGGGCAUCCGGGCGUGUCUCGUACAGCAGGCAGUGAAUCGGGUAAAGACUCGGAGCAGGAUGGAGAGCUGGGCACUUUGAGUGCUAGCGAUCUCAAUAAGAAGUUCAUUCUGAGUUUCUUAUACGCUCAUGGAAAACUCUUCACUAAAGUAGGGAUGGAGAGUUUUCCUGCUGUAGCCAGUCGAGUGUUGCAGGAGUUCCGGGCCCUCCUCCAGCAUAGCCCCUCCCCUCUCGGCAGCACACGUAUGCUGCAGAUCAUCACCAUCAACAUGUUCACCAUCCAUAACGCCCAGAUCAGAGCUGAAGGGCAUGGUGAAGCUCGGUCCGUUUUGGAGGAACAGGCCACAUCUCUAGGAUUAGCAAUGUUUGGUCUUUUAGUCCAAAGGUGCACUGAUCUCCUGAAAGAAACACCUGCUGUACCUAUCCCAGCUGAAGAGCUAGGCGAGUUUGACGAGAUGGAUGAUGAAGAAGGGAUGGUCCGUGUGUCCGCCUUCCCACCCGAUCUCAGAGAGCUGCUGCCCAGCAUUAAAGUCUGGUCCGACUGGAUGCUCGGCCACCCGGACCAGUGGAACCCUCCACCAGGGAGCAUGGAGGGGAGUCCGGACGUGUGGCAGUGCCUUGCAGACCUGUGCAACUCUCUGGCACGCGUGUAUGAUGGCGAGGCUCCGCUGUACAAAGCUGACGCAGAUGGGGAAGGAGACGAGGAGCUCAGAGUCCUACAGCUGGAGGAGGAUAAAAUGCUGUCCGGGUUUGUCCCGCUGCUUGCUGCCCCACAGGACCCCUGCUAUAUAGACAAAGGAGCAGAUAUGGUCAUAGCAGCUGACUGUAAGCGGGUCACCGUUCUUAAGUACUUCCUGGAGGCUUUGUGCGGGCAGGAAGAGCCGUUGCUGGCAUUCAAGGGUGGAAAGUAUAUUUCCAUGGCAACACCCCCUACACCCAGAGAAAGUACAGAGAACAAGACACGGUCACAAGAACUGGAGGAUGAUGUCAUUGUGGAGGAGUCAUCUCUCUCAGCAUCGGAGGGAGAGAUGGAUGGAGAGAUGGAAAGAGACGAAAGUGAAGAUGAUAUCAGAGAGCUGAGGGCGAGGCACCACGCUCUCACUCACAAGCUGGCACAGCAGCAAAAACGCAGAGACAAGAUACAGGCAGUUUUGCAGACGGGCGGGCAACUGGAGAUUGAGGUCAGACCGUUUUAUUUGGUGCCUGACACAAAUGGCUUCAUAGAUCACUUGGGCGGCCUGAGAAAGCUUCUGGCCUGUGGGACGUACAUCUUGGUUGUGCCUCUAAUUGUAAUCACGGAGUUGGACGGCCUGGCAAAAGGGCAGGACAGUCGUGAGGGAAACGGUAAUGACGCCCAUGUCAAGCAAGUUCAGGAGAGAGCCAGAGCGGCGGUGAUGUUUCUGGAAAAGGCCUUUGAGUCGAGAAGUCCCUGCAUCAGAGCCCUCACCAGCAGAGGAAACACGCUGGAGUCCAUCGCCUUCCGCAGCGAGGACACUUCUGGACAGAAGGGCAACAAUGAUGAUGUCAUCCUGUCCUGCUGCCUGAACUACUGUCAGGACAAAGCCAAGGACUUCAUGCCUGCUGAGAGAGAAGGACCUGUGAGGUUACGCAGGGAGGUGGUCCUGCUCACGGACGAUCGCAACCUGCGAGUUAAAGCUCUCACACGCAACGUUCCGGUACGAGACAUCCCGGUAUUUCUGAGCUGGGCUAAAGUGGGCUGAACCGCGGACCGGAUUUACAGCUGUACACAACAGUCGUCCUCCACAACAACAGUUCGGGUGGAGGGAGUGAUGUCAGAAGGGGAGGAUGAAUAUAAAGGGGAAAACACAACAAGCCUUUUGUCAAGUCGACAGAAAGAGCAAGCGUGAGACAUCAAGCCACUUUAUAAAAUGAGGAUUUCUUUCCCCUAAAAAUGCAGCGUGCAAAGACGUCAGCUUGCUUUUCAGAGAGAGAUUGCAAAAGAAUGGAGAUGUGGAUCGGGCUUAGCUGGUUUGGAGGGUUUGUUUAAGUGCAGAAGGGUUGGAUGGUGACAUACACCCCAUGAGAUGCGUGCAUUCGCUAGUAAGUGUGAGAGAAACCAGCAUCCGCUGUUUAGAGUGUCAGCUUGUAGUGUUUGCGUGCAGUCGCACAGCAAGAGUGGCCAGUUGUGCUGCGGAUGAAUUCAUUCCAGUUCUAGAAAGAUCUCUCUGCAAAUAGGGAACUUGAUCUGUUGUGAUUGAGCGAUGGGGCGAGAGCUCCAGUAGGGGGCAGUGUGAGGGGAUCAGGUCGAUGAGGGAUAAAGCUUAAUAAAGUUUCCCUCUCCUCUUGUGCUGUGGCCUGGGAGGCCUGUGUGCAAAAAAGCUUUUUUUAUUGCGUUGUCUUAUCGCCUCAGUGCAUGCUUUGUUUGCUGUAAGCAUGAUUGUUUUAAUGCUUGCUUGAUUUUUUGUUGUGUAUUUAAGUUAGCAUUGCGUUUUUGACUUUGUGAGUUUUGUUUCAACUAAUGUAAAGCUCUUACCAGUUCUCGUUGUUUUUCUCAUUAAAUGUUUUUGUUGUUUCCAUCUGACUUUUUUAACCGCUGUAGUAAAACCACUUGGUACAAGAUUGAGCACUAUAACAUCGAUCACUCAUGAUGAUAUACAGUUUACAUUAAUGUCAAGUAAAUACUGAUGGAAUUAAUUGGUUGCGAGUAGUUUUAACAUAGAUUCAAUUGCCACAAUGCUUUAACUGUGUUUGUCUGUACAUUGAAAGUACAGAACUAAAGCUACUGGCAUAUUUUAAAGUUGCCAUUUUUCAAGAUAUUAUGAUUUUUAUGAGCUCUGCAAGUGUUCAAACAUCUACACAGCAGCAAAAGCACAUAAGAUGAUAAAAUCAUAUUUCAGAAAGCUUUUAUAAUCCUUUGAGUGAUCCUAAUAUACAUUUUGUUUCAUUGGUAUUAAAAACAUUGCAUUGCAUCAUCACAAACAGUUCAGUGUCUUGAUAUUGUUUGUAUGUGUUUGCUUUAUUUUUGGUUUGUAGGUUAUUUACUUGCCUUUUUAAAUCAUUGUUUGCUGGCCUGCAUUCAUACAGGUUUGUCACAGCUUUGCACAAGAAACUAUAUUCAGUGUGUUUCUCCAGUUAAAUAUUACCACAGGAUCUGACAUUUUUAAGAACUAUUGUCAUUUUUAUGGUUAAAGCAUCAUCCUCACCUUUGUUCCAUUUGGUAAACCAUUGUUAUAUGGUAGAAUGAGUUUAAAGCAGCAUUGAAACUUAACACUAUGUCUUCCUAAUUUCGCUGAGGUCUUUUUGUUGUUUUAAAUGUGGUGGCUUAAAAUUUGUAUUUUGUCUUUGAGACCUGUGUCAGUUGGAUUGUAGAUGUGCCGUUUUUCAUUGAAUACAAUGUCAUUGCUUUGAAGAAAUUUUAACCUCAGUCACUGACAAUAAAUUAAUAAAAACAGAUGUAGACGUUG